UUUCGAAAUGUUUUAUAAGAGGAUAGAAUAAGUAAUAUGAAGAAAGAUUUUUUAAAUGAAGCUAAAUAAAAUGAGCCGCAAUAUUUUGAUACAGGUGUUUUUUGCAGUUUUGAUAAUUCUCUAUAGAUGUUAUACAAGCAAGCAUAGUGUGAUGUGGCAAGGAUACAGCUUUCUCGUUUCUUUCAAUGUUGUUUUAAUGGUAACUAGCCAGCGGAGUACGAUUCCAUCAUCCACUUACACUUUACCAUCUUUUACAAAGUUUGAAGCCAAAUACAUGUAUGGAAUGGUAUUGAGUAAUGUUAACCCGGUGGCGGCAACCCUCGUCAAAGACCGUCGCUACAGCAAUCAGAUCACAAGCAAAUUUGACGUCGUCUUCAUGUCUCAUUACCAAACCAGCAAAAUCAACAGUGUUUUUGAAGUUUCGCAGAAAGUAAACAGUCCCGAGAUCAUGCGAUCGGAGACAAAGGUAAUAGCAGAUGCAACUUCGAUACAAUAUCCUAACAAUGUCGGACGUCUUCCGCCCGGAUCCAUUGAGAAUCAGCCAGGCUAUGUAUGGUGGAUUGCUUCAGGAAAAGUGGAGCCUGAUUUCUCAACUAAUACUUUUAGUGGUGGAAUUUAUAUGCUGGAUAUGACCAAAAAUCAAUGGUUACCUGUUCCUAUUUAUACGGAAUCUGAGCGUGGCUUCAGCAGUGUAGCUUGGGUUGAUAUGGACUUGGACAACUUAACAGAUUGCAUCACCAUCAGAAGCAGUGCUAACUUUGCUCAGUUGAUUUGGCUGAGGCAGCCACCCGAGCAAGCACCCUGGCAACCCAACGUUAUAAAUCCAAAUUUACCCGGGGAAUCAAGUAGCGCCCAAGAUGUUGGCGGAACUUAUUUUAAAGUAUUGAUGAUGCGACGAAGGAACAACAAAAAGCAAAUGUUGAUUAUAGUGGCGGGAAAGCGAACCACAAAGCUUACAGUAUUCUGGACCGACGAUUCUGACAAUGAUUGGACGCAACUAAAUCGAAUUCGAUCCUAUGUUAUCUCGAGUGCAGGGCCGUUUAUAUCAAUAGAAACCGCCGAUUUAAACGGGGACGGCAAAGUUGAUAUAUUAACAUCCGUUGCAGCUCGGCCGGGAGAUCCGGGUAACGUAUAGUUAAUAAUUUUUUGCUUUGACGUGGUGAAACCUAAAGUAUUACUGUGGGGUAAGAUUAAGUACUGUUCGCACCUAAAUCCUUUACGAUAGUGAUUUUAACCAUAAACAAUGCUCUUUUAGAGUCGUGAGAAUGCGGUUAUAUAAUUCUGUAAAUAGUCUUUGUUUCUUUUACUAAAUGGGAUAGGAAAAAAUGAAAACAUUUCUCAUCUUAUCCCAUAUACC